UUGUCAAACCUUUAUAUUUGCGCAAUCUGAAAUCUGAAUCUCAAUUCUCAAUAUACCUUAGUUUGGACAUAAGGCAAAUAUAUUAUUUGUAUUUUAUUAAAGAUAAUUUAAAUGUCUAGUGUAACUGUGGCAAUUUGAUAUCUGCUAAUUAGUAUCAAAUUUAACCAAAUAUAAAAAUAAUGUCCAAGGAACUAAUAUAGGUACAUGACCAUUGCAUUCAUAACCAUCGCAAUUUCGUAAUAUAUUUCUAUUAUCUUAGAAGUAGAAAACUUUAAAAUGUAUUUCAUAAAAUUAUUUACAAGUUUCUCAACAAGAAAUUUAGUUUUAUUACAAGCUCGGAACAUAAACUGUUGGUCAUGUGGCAAAGAUACAACUUUAGUUUCGAACUUAUUUUGUUCAAAUUGCAAAUCCCUUCAAAAGCCAGAUAAUGUGGACAAUUACUUUAAGUUGAUGGGAAUUGAUGAAUCCUAUGACCUAGAUGAGGAGGACCUAUCUAAGAAAUAUAAACAACUUCAAAGAUAUUUACAUCCAGACAAAUAUGCAAACAGAAAUAAUAUGGAGCAAGAAAUAUCAGCAAAAUAUUCCUCUUUAGUCAAUGAGGCCUAUAAAACUCUUUUGGAACCCUUACCUAGAGGUAUUUAUAUGUUAAAGCUAAAAGGAAAACAAAUUGAUGAAAAUUUGGAGACAGAUCCUGCCUUCUUAAUGGAAAUAAUGGAAAAAAAUGAAGAAGUUGAAAAUGCAGAAACAGAAGCUGAAAUUAUGAAACUUAAUAAAGAAAUAAAAUCGAUCAUUCAAGAUCUUCAAAAGAAGUUGUCAACUGCAUUCUUUGAUGGAGACAUGAAAAAAGUUAUGAAAUUAUUGGGACAGAUGAAAUAUUAUUCUAGCAUAUACAAUCAAAUUCAAAACUCUAUACGGACUAAAGGAAUUAUAAGAUGAAUAUUACAUGUUUUGCAUUGUGCAAAAAAACAAUAUUAUUGUAAAUAGCUUAAUACUUACAGCUUUGUUAUUAUACAUAUGAAUGUUA